UUCUACAAAAAAUAUAAAAUUCUUCAAAUUUCUGCCUUUUUAAACCAAUUCGUGCGCGUUAAGAGCGAAUUUAAGUCGUUCCCCAAUUCCUGCCUUCGUUUCCGUUGAAAGAGUAGGCACUGGAACGUGGAAAACCGUGGAAUACUCAGCUCCAGAUCCACCAAAGACGAGACAGAUACCUCGGAAAAGGUUUCUACGUUAUCCUUUACCUAAAACGGAUCAUUUUUCAAACUCCGGGAACCACCAAUUUACUCGCAAUAAACUGUAGAAGGCACAGAAAUCUGCGGCCGAGACCCGGGAGUCUCGAAAUCAUCGGAAACCGUUCGAGCAAGCCAUCCAACUCCAACGGCGGAAUCCUCACUGAAGAAGAUGAGUUUCAACAGUCCGUUCGUGAAGAAGGAGAACUACUGUAAAAUAUGUGAAACCACGGAAGGGCCCAUGGAAUCGAUUUUCUGCGAUCCUGACAACACGGAACUGCUGGACAAAAUCUACCGGAGCACCCGUGUCGAGCUCACGCCGGUGUGUGGACUGAUAUCACCAAUAUGCGCCCCUUGCCAUCAGCGGAUCGAUGAAUUCGAUGUGAACGCACCGCCGAAGGUGGUCGAGUUUCUUAUUAAAACCGAAGAAGAACCGGAACCACUGGAAUACGAUCCUCUGAAUUUGCCCGAUCCGGUCGCCGUGGAUUCGGAACCAACCGUGGACGCACUGGCGCUCGAUGACGGUUUUCCGUUCUACUCAACGGUACAGAUAAAGACGGCUCGCAGCACCCGGAAAGGACGCAGUUUAAGGCCACGGACUCGAAGGAAACGCAAACCAAGCACCUCCUCGGAACCAUCUGCAUCGGGAGCAUCAUCGGAAUCGGAAAAUGUGGCAGAAAGUCCUCCGAGAGAGGAGCAAGAUAAAAGGAACUCGAAAGCGGCCAACGAAUCGCCGCUGGAAGAGUACUUGGAAAGUGAAGCCGCUUCUGGAGAUCCGUCGGAUGAAGAAUCAUUCCCCGCAAAUAGCAGCUCCGGAAGCCAGCAGGAGCAAGACGAGGAUGGAAAGGCGAAGCGUCUCAAAACGCGUAGCAGAAUCUCCUCUCCCCGAGGUGGACGUCGAAAGUUGGGUAAGAAACCGACCGUACCGGGCCAGUGUGAGGUCUGUGGUAAGACGGUAACGUAUAUGCGCGAACAUAUGCGUAUGCAUCGGAUCGAACAGCAACAUCCGUGUCCGUACUGCGAUCGUACGUUCGUGCAGGCGAACAAUUUGAAGUAUCACAUUCGGAAGCAUCUCGGUCAGAAACCGUACGCCUGCCAGCAGUGCGACAAGACGUUCUAUUGCGAAGCCCACCUGAAGUCACAUAUGCGCGUGCACGGACCGCAGGGCCUGUUCCAGUGUUCGCUCUGUCCGAAGAGCUUCAAUCAGGAGUGCAAUCUGAAGAAGCACCUUCGCGUGCAUACGGGUGAGAAACCGUACGGGUGCGAGACAUGCGGUAAGCGCUUUAAUAGUACCUCGAAUCUGCGGAACCACACGCGGCUCCAUGCGGACGAGCGUCCGCUGACGUGCACGCACUGCCUGAAGAGCUUCGUCGAUGUGCAGCAUCUGCAGCGGCACAUUCGCGUGCAUACCGGUGAACGACCAUACAUUUGUCACGUUUGCACGAAUGCUUUCUACUGCCAGUUCGGGCUGAUGGAGCAUCUGAAGACGCACAUCGAGAAGAAAACCUUACAGCUCGAGGCCGGGAUAACGAGCGGCGUGAAAUGACGGUCUCAAGGAGGUGGGAGGAACGAUGAUUUAAUUUUGUGAUAGGUGGGACCACAAAUCGGGAGGAUCAUAGUGUAAGAAUUUGCAAAUAAAAGACGGUACGAGGUUUGGGGACCGACAAAAGGAACGAAUCGAACCCGAGCGAAUCGACAUUUAAGUGUAUCUUUCCCAUCUUUAUUACCACCUUUUU